ACCACUGGUAGAGGAAAUAUCCAGAACUUUUAAUUCAUAAUGGCAAUGAAAAGGAUCCAGAAGGAAUUAUUAGACUUGGGCAGAGAUCCACCAUGUAAUUGCUCAGCUGGACCAGUCGGAGAUGACAUUUUCCAGUGGCAAGCAACAAUUCUAGGUCCUGCAGACAGUCCUUAUCAAGGUGGUGUGUUUUUUCUCACUAUAACUUUUCCUUCAGAUUAUCCUUUCAAACCCCCUAAAGUAGCUUUCUCCACCAAAAUUUAUCACCCAAAUAUCAACAGUAAUGGCAGCAUUUGUUUAGAUAUUCUAAGAAGUCAAUGGUCACCUGCCCUCACAAUAUCAAAAUUGUUGUUGUCAAUCUGCUCACUACUGACAGAUCCGAAUCCUGAUGACCCGUUGGUCCCAGAAAUUGCCAGAAUGUUUAAAACAAAUCGCACAGAGUACAACAGACUAGCCAAAGAAUGGACUGCAAAAUAUGCAGAGUGAUGUCAGAGUGCAGCAUUGUUUGUUGAUGCUGCUUCAGGAAAACACACCAUCUAGCAUACAGCAGGACACCAUCUUUUUAUUUUGCUUUCCUUCCAAUAUUAUUGAUUGUACAUAAAGUAUAAUUUGAGACAGAAAGAUAUUUUUCUAAAAGUUAGAGUUCUCCUACUUACACCAUAUUAUAUAUCUUUCUAUGUAACGUUAGGGUUUUAAAAAAAAAUUAUCACUUUUUAAAGGAUUGCAGCAGUUUGUUUUUAAAGUUUUUACUUUUAGUUCUGUUCACUUACUUUCGGUGUUGGGGUGGUGCCUAACACUUGUGUUACUGUUAACUAGUACUGAAAUUGUUUCAUUUAGCAUCCCAUAAUUUUCUACUUGCUGUGUGAAUACAAUGAAAGCUUGACAAUGGGACACAAGUCUAUUCGUAUGUACAUUUGAUUUGUGAUUCAUUUCAUGGUCCUAUUUAGCUUAUUUUUUUAAUGAAGGUUUGUUUCCUAUUUAUUGCUCUUAUUAAAAUGGACAUUGAUACA